AUGAGGCUGUAUCGCUCUCCAAUCCGCAUCAGUACUUUGACGACCCCUCUCAGCCGGUCAACCUCGUGGUACGCACGCCGUGGAUCACCGCAUCCCGGACAACGCCUUUACACUCUCGCUAGUUAUCCUACCUCAUCUAGAUACUUAGCAACCAUGGUUCAGGUUACGCAACUCAAGAUCGCCGUCUUGGACGACUACCAGGGCCUCUCGGAGCCCCACUUCAGCAAGCUGGAUAAAUCGUUGUUCAAUGUCACCACUUUCAAGGACACCCUGCUGCCCUACAAUCACCCCGAGACCCCUGAAUACGCCAAGGAUGCAUUGGUCUCGAGGCUGGAGCCUUUCGAUGUUCUCUGUACCAUGAGAGAACGCACUCCGUUUCCCAAGGAACUCAUUGGAAGAUUGCCAAACCUCAAGCUUCUUCUCUCCACGGGCCUGCGUAACAAGGGUCUCGACCUCCCAGCCUUCAAAGAUCGCGGCAUCCCCGUCGCUGGCACUGUUGACAAGGCGACAGUCAAUCAGACCGGCACGAAUAGCACAACUCAGCACUGCGUGACCCUGAUCCUCUCGUUGGCACGGAACAUCGCCGCUGAUGACCUCGCUGUCAAAUCUGGCUUGUGGCAGACGGACGUUGCCAUGGGCGUGACAGGCAAGACAUUUGGUGUCGUUGGACUGGGCCGUCUCGGCGUCUCGACGGCAAAGAUCAUGCAUGUAGCAUUUGGGAUGAACGUCAUUGCAUGGAGCACGAAUUUGACACAAGAAGCUGCAGAUGAGAAGGCCAAGGCCGAGGGCUUGCCGGUGGGCACUUUCAAGGCUGUCAGCCGGGAAGAGCUGUUCAGCACUGCUGACGUUCUCAGCGUUCACAUUGUACUGUCAGACCGAUCGAGGGGACUCAUCAAUGCGGAUGACCUCUCCAAGAUGAAGAAGUCGGCGUUGUUUAUCAACACCUCUCGCGGCCCCCUUGUAGUCGAGAAGGAUCUUCUAGACGUCUUGAAGAAGGGCGGCAUCAGGGGCUGUGCCUUGGACGUGUUCAACCUCGAGCCGUUGCCUGUGGACAGUGAGUGGCGGUCGACUGAAUGGGGCCGUGAUGGUCGCAGUAGGGUGCUCCUGACACCUCACAUGGGUUAUGUCGAAGAGGGUACCUUGAACGCGUGGUAUGAGCAACAGGCGGAUAACAUCCGGAGGUGGCAGGCAGGCGAUGCUCUUGAUAACGUUUUGGCUUGA